AUGCCUCCUUCACUUAGCCAACAGGCAGAAGAACGCAACACAGAUUCGAGACGAGAGUACUCCUCUUCGUACCGCGACUGGUUACGUGAACAACUCGAUGCUCAAGCACAUCAUGGUGAUGCAAGACGGGGACUGCUGUCAUCCAACACGGCCUCGCAAGUACACACCAUCUCUCGAUCGACACUUCGACGCUUUCGCAAGAAUGCUCGCAAGCAUGGUCAUCUCGAUCACUUUUUGCGCGAAGCCGAUGACGCUUUUGCCGAUGAGAUGACCGAGGCUUAUGGUGUUUCGAGAAAACCGGUGCCGUUGUUGAUUCCUCUCUGUGCUGCUGGGAUCUAUCUUGCCGUCUAUGCUGUACUUCUCAGAGAGGGUUGGAGAAAUCAAGCUUGUUGGGAGUCGUACCGCAGGGGGCUUACUACCAUCAUGCAAAGGGUCGCCAGGAGAAUGGGUGUGGAUACUACGUUACCGGUUAUGUACUUGGAAGUAACGGAGUACGAUUUGCCUGGAGGUCUGGGAGAUUACGAUAUCGUUGGGAGAGUUAGCGAGUAUGCGGAAGGCAUGGAGACGGAGUCUGUUCUUCCUCCUCCCCUUGCUCCUAGAAGAAGCGUAUGGCCUCAAGCAUCUUCGGCAGUACACAGUAGCUAUGGCAGGCGGGUAGAAGCCAGUGCGACAGGCGCCUCUAUUUACCUUCAAUAA